AUGUCUAAAUUGAGUUAAUCUAAAAAAUCUUUAUUACUAAUUACAUUAGUAAUAUUCGGAUCAUUAGCAAUUAUAAGUAAUGAAUGAUAUAUUUUGAUAAAAAGCUUUUAAUUUGUAAAACAGCUAAGUAGUUUUCAUUAAUUAAGAAGAUACUUAUGGAGUCUUUAAUCAUCCUUUUAUGUAAACACUCUCUAUGUUUCUAGCUGAGAUAUUAUGUUUAUUUGUUUUUUUAUAUGUAAAAAGGACUAAGUCAUACAAAAAAUAAUAUUAAGAAGCGCUUGAUGAUGGUUUAAAAAGGAUAAACAUAUUUCUUAUUCUUAUACCUACUUGUUGUGAUAGUAUAGGAGCACUUUGUAUAUACAUUUCAUUAAACUUUUUGCCACCCUCUGUUAAUUCUAUAUUGACAUGUGGAAUUAUUGCUACAUCUGCAAUUUUAUCAAGAAUAAUGUUAAAACGAAUUUAUACAAAGAAAGAAAUCUAAGGAUGUUUAUUAGUAUUAUUUGGAGUGGCAAUUGUAGGAACAAGCGGAUUUAUAUUUCCUGAAGAAUAAAAGUAAUAGGUAAUUUCAAUGUUUAAUUUAGGAUUUAAAAAAAUAAGUGGUUUCAAUAUUCUUAAUGUUAUUCUCAAUUUUCCUAUAUGGAUUUUAAUAUACAAUUGAAGAAAAGUUUUAUAAAACAUAUUUUAUUCAUCCAUUAGAGCUUAUAGGAUAUGAAGGAAUGUGGGGUUUAAUUAUUUACACAUUUAUAUGCAUAUCUUUAACUUUUACAUAGUGUCCUGACUUUCUUUAUAAUGUUUGCAUUCCACACAAUGGAUUAUUUUAUUUCGAAAGAGCUGAUUAUUAUUUUCAACAAUUUUAAUAAAGUGGUCUGCUUUAAUUUGCUAUUAUUUUUGGAAUUCUAUCAAUUUCUAUCUACAAUACUAUGUGUUAAACAGUUACAAAAUAUUUAUCUUGUGUUACAAGAGCUUUAGUAGAUGUUGCUAAAAUUAUGAUGAUUUGGAUCAUAUCAUUAAUAAUUUCAUUAGCUACUACUUCCUCAAAUUAUCAUUGGGAAAAUAUUAGACUUGGUGCUAUUAUUAUAGAAGUUUUUGGAUUUCUAUGUGUUGUUGCUGGAGAAAUAAUUUACAAUUUCAAUUAAACUUAAAUUGAAGAAAAUUAAGAUAUCACUAAAAAUUUAAGUUUAUAAAAAGAGUGA